AUGUGGGCAUAUUUGUGUUUCAGGUGCUCAACAGCCAGAGAACAGAGAGAGGCUGUGAGGGACGACAGUAGGAGGGAUGACAGGGGAGACCCCAUGGAAGAGGGCAACGUGGAGUACGCUGGGACUGGAAAAGACAGAGGAAGCGUUUACAAUGACAUGGCCAGUCCAAAUGCUGCUUCACCAGGACCUAUACGGCUGCCCAAUGGGAAGCUGCAGUGUGAGGUGUGUGGUAUGAUCUGCAUCGGACCCAACGUGCUGAUGGUGCACAAGCGUAGCCACACAGGCGAGAGGCCGUUCCAGUGCAACCAGUGUGGCGCAUCCUUCACCCAAAAGGGGAACUUGUUGCGCCACAUCAAGUUGCAUUCAGGAGAGAAGCCUUUCAAAUGUCCCAUUUGCAACUACGCUUGUCGCCGGAGAGAUGCCCUGGCUGGACAUCUACGCACACACGCAGCUUCUUCUCCAACGGUGGGAAAACCUUUCAAGUGUAGCUACUGUACUCGCAGCUACAAGCAACAAAAUACUCUCGAUGAACAUCUAGAGCGCUGCCAUAGCUAUUUGAAGAGUCUGGACCAUCAGACAGCUGUCAACGCACAGACAGCACAGGGUGCUUUCUAUUUGUAGGUGAAGUCCGUAAACAUGGAGACGAUCACUAAACCUGUGCUCCAGCCAUCUAAUGAAAAAGUCCAGCUUGUGGAUAGACUGGCUAUUGGCAUCACCACCAAACGCAAGAGGUCAACGCCGCAGAAGUUUCUGGGUGAGUUUUUAAAAAAAAAAAAUGGGAAAAAGCACAUACGCCUUGACCUACCUGACGCACCUUAUGAAUUGUCCUCUGGUUCUGAGAAGGACGGGGACCUCAUGAGCUCUCAGCCUGCUGGGGACUCUGCCAGGCUGGUUGGUUCACAUCUCCAAGGCGGCAUGGGUAAGGCGGAGAACCAUGAGCCACCUGCACUGUCUCAGCUCCAUCCUGCCUUCCUGACGGAGCUACGCACAGUUAUGGGCUCCAUCAAAAGCAACGUGACUCCUCAGGGCUCCAGAGCCCAUGGUGGAGGUGGGCUGGCAGCAGUGUCUCUUGGCCUGGCCGGACGGGAGGCAGGUGAAGGUGACCAGCGCUCAGCCCAUAGCCAUACCACCUCACCCAACGGCUGCCCCGACUCUACAGACACAGAGAGCACAGCAGAAGAGCAGAGCACAAGGGCUACAGCCCCGACAAGUACCUCCAACAACCACCACCACCUCCACUACCAAACCCCAGCACUGCCCCGCAGCCAUCCCACCUCAAGCCCCAGCCAGGCCAAAGACUCGGACCCAGAGUGGGAGAGAGCGUGUCCUGUGCCCCCCACCAUCACAAAGAGAAGCCCCGUCUCACCCCUUUCCUCCAGGGAGACUGUGCAGGUGUUAGACAGGGACGGCCGGCCUGUGCGCACCUUCCACUGUCGGCACUGUCGCAUCCUGUUCCUGGACCACGUCAUGUUCACCAUCCACAUGGGCUGCCACGGCUUCCACCAACCCUUCGAGUGCAACAUCUGUGGCCACCGCAGCCAGGACCGCUACGAGUUCUCGUCUCACAUCAGCCGCUGA